CCCUCCCCCUUCUAGCCGGUUUCCAGUCAGCCGCGCGCGGAUUGAGUCAAGUGAACCUACCGAGAGGUGGUGUUGACCGACCGCAGCAGGUUUUCAGUAAGAAACCUGAAAAAUCGAACCUCUUAAGGCAACUGACAGUAACGCUAGGACCUUAAUUUUUAACGGAAGCGUCAGCGGUGCCGGAAUUAAGGCGACGCGGCAGCGAGAAGAAAGUAAAUCCCGGAGGGAAAGCGCCCGAAGUGAGCUUGAGGAUCAAAGCUAAUGCUAACUCAGCUAGCCAUUGCUAAAUAAUCAUACGGAAACUCGUGUCAUUUUGUUAGUCGCUUGCUUUGACAUAACCACUGUGGUUACGAAGUAGAUAGUUGGGGAAAUCUGUUAAUUUAUAUGUUACAUUUAAUUAAUUAAGUGAGGUGUUUUGCCUUAACAUUUUAGGCCACAAGCGACUGGUAUUCACUUAGCCAGAUUAGCUACAAUAGCCGGUCUUAUUGAGGUUACACCGGCUCUGCGCUCCUUAGGGCAGGUGAUAUUGCUAAAGAUAGUUCGCUGUUAAAGCAACAUCACAUCGAGAGAUAUCAGUGUUUAUAAGUUAGCUUACACUUGGUACUGUCUAAGCCUUGUGCUUCGCAAUGCUGAAACAACAGCAGCAACCCGGUUCAGGCGGGAGAAAAGCUUCUAACGGAACCUCGGGCCCCGGUGGUAUGUCUUCCCCAGUCAGUGGCAUCAACAGCGGCAACAGGACACCGUCCGGGAGGAAUCGAACUUCUGCAAAACCAUCAUUCCAGUCAUCUCCGGUGUUCGAGGGUGUGUACAACAAUGCCAGAAUGCUUCAUUUCCUUACAGCUGUUGUGGGUUCCACCUGUGACAUAAGAGUGAAAAAUGGCAGUGUAUUUGAAGGCAUAUUCAAGACUCUGAGUUCUCGGUGUGAGCUGGCUGUAGAUGCUGUACACAAACGCAGCGAGGAGGAGGGCUCGUCAUCAGGACCACCACGGAGGGAGGACAUCACUGACACUAUGAUCUUCAGCCCCUCGGACCUGGUGACUAUGAUCUGCAGAGAUGUUGACCUCAACUAUGCUACCAGAGACACCUUCACAGACACAGCCAUCAGCUCCAGUCGUGUCAAUGGAGAACACAAGGAGAAGGUUUUGCAGAGAUGGGAGGGAGGAGACAGCAACGGAGAAAGUUACGAUCUGGAUAAUGAUGCAUCCAAUGGAUGGGAUGCUAAUGAAAUGUUCCGUUACAAUGAAGUGAAAUACGGAGUUACGUCAACAUAUGAUUCUAGCCUUUCCAUGUAUACUGUACCACUAGAGAAAGGCAACUCUGAGGUCUUCCGGCAGAGGGAGGCACGCGCCGCCCGCCUGGCCAGCGAGAUCGAGUCUAGCCCACAGUACCGGCAUCGAGUCAGCCUUGAAAAUGAUGAGGGCAAAAGUGAAGAGGACAGGUACAGUGCCGUGGUCCGGGACACUGGUGAUCGUGAGAGGGGCCGUGAGAGCCCCCGUGACAGGGAGCGUGAAAGGGGCAGAGACAGCCCUGGAGCCAGCAACAGGGAGGGCAAGUACAUUCCAUUACCUCAACGCCAGAGAGAGAUAAACCGGGAGCGAGCAGAGAGGGGUCCUGGCGGGCCUCCACCCCACAACCGUCUAAGUGGAGGUUAUCGCUCCACCCCUCCAUCCUCCUCUUCCCCCAGACCCCCACUGCCCUCUGCCACUGGGCCCCAGCCUGGUGUCUCCCCUUCGGAGAGAAACAGCCCUUUGUCAGGCAGAGGUGGCGCAUACGCUCCCCACCAUCCCCAGGGAAGCCCAAGCCCAGGGCCGGGCUCUGGUCCUGCGAGCCCGUUCACACCUGCCUCUCCAGGAGGACCGACGCCCACGUCGGCCUCUGCUUCAGCUGCCCAAUCCCCAGCCAGCCCCCCUGCCUCACACGGACACACAGUCCCUCAUUCCCACUCACUCCCACACUCGCUGUCUGAAGCUGGCAGGCCUGUUAAUGGAGUCUCUGCUAGAACAUCUCCAAAAGCCCAAAGACCUCCACAGUCGAGCAGAACAGUCCGUGCUGCAAACACACACUCUCAGUCUACAGCUACUCGCUCUCCUAAAUCAGGCUCUUCCCAGGACACGCCUUAUUUGGACACGUCGUCUGUCUCCCUGCCUUCUCAGAAGACGUCUGGCCCCGCCCCUCUCUUCCCUGUCGAUGUGAAUGAAAUCCUUGGCGCCGCUGCUAAAGAACGUUCAGCCGAGAGCCCCAGCAGCGCAGAGGAAAGCAAGAGUAGUAAAGCUCCCUCUGUUCAGCAAAGGUCACAGAUUGAGGAGCUGCGGAAAUUUGGCAAGGAAUUUAGGCUCCAGGCGAGUGGAGGCAGCUCGAGCUCCCCCAGCUCUCCAGCAGCAGCCACCCCUCCUGCCAUCAGCGAGGGUGCCCAACCCAGCGCAGCUAAACCCUCGCCAUCAGAUGCUCACCCUGCUUCAGACCCCAAACCUCAGCCUCCUGCUCCCAGUCCUUCCCAGCCCCAACCUCAGCAUUCACCAGCCCCUGCUGAGGACCCCACCAAGGACACCACAACUACACCUGGUGCCACAGCAGCUGCCCCAACAGCACCUGUUCCAGACAGGCAUUCGCCAGCCACCCCACAACCAGCCAGGACUCCAGGAAGUGAGGAGGUCAGAUCUGAGACAAUAGAACGGACAGAGGGCGUAGCAGACCAAGUAAAGAAAUCGACAUUAAACCCCAACGCUAAAGAGUUCAACCCUAUCAAACCUCAAAUGCCUAUGACGAAGCCCAACACUGCACCCACCCCACCUCGGCCAACUCCUCCAAGCCCAGUGGUCCUUCAGCACCCAGGUGGACAGGGACCACUCUACAAUGCCCCCUACCUCUCCUAUGUAUCGCAGAUUCACUCUGUGCAGCCCCCUCCAAUGUACCAGUACACCAUGUCUACAGUCAGCCAGGGAAAAUACACCAGGGCCAAAGGCUCAGUAGUGGCCCAGCGUUCUGAUCAUGGUACUUCAGCACCCCCCAUGUUGCAAGCUGCAGCAUCAGCAGCUGGGGCCCCACUGGUAGCGUCCCCCUACCCACAGUCAUACCUUCAGUACAACCCACAGCAGUAUGGCCAGCAGCAAGUCAUCCAGGCCAUGACACCCUACCCUGGACAGCCCAUGUAUUCCAUGCUGCAGGGUGGAGCCAGGAUGAUAGGUCAAGGUGGGGGUCCCCACCCACAAGCCCUGGGACCUCCAGGAGGCCCCCAGUUCCCUGCACAGGGUGACGGACCUCAGGGACCACAGCAGGGCAUCUAUGCUCCACAGUCAUUCUCCCACCACUCAGGUGCAGUUCAUCAGCCCCAGCCCUCCAGCACCCCAACAGGCAACCAGCCCCCUCCCCAGCAUGCUGCACCGAGUCCCGGACAGAAUGCCCAGUCAGGCCCACAGCCCCAGUCCUUGUACCACUCAGGUCCCCUUUCAGCACCAACCCCACCCAACAUGCCGCCAGGUCACACAUCUCCACAGGGCUCUUACCCCAUUCAGGGCUACAGCAUCCACAGCCACCAGGGCAUCCCACCAACGUAUCCCCUGGGACAGUUAGCGCAGGCCCAUGUACAGGGAGCCAUGUCUGGUCCCCACCACUCAGGGGGCCACGGUCAGCCCCAGUUAGUGAUGUUGCAGCCACCCCCUCAGCAGGGCCCUGGUUCAGUUCCCCAGCACCCCCAACACGGACCUCAGCAAGGAGCACAUCAACACUUUUACAUAGGACAUCCACAAGCAAUGCAGGUACAAACACACCCUGCUCCCUUCCACCCACCUGGAAACUAAACACCACCUACUUCAACCCUGCACCCCUCCCCCAACAUCCCAAUUUGAUCCCAACAUCUCCCCUACCUGCUGGAUGUGACGCCCAGACUGAACUCGACUAAAAAAAGAAAAACAGUCAGGAUCGUGCAGAGGAGAGAAGAUGACAAAAAGUCUCACAGCACCUUAUGCUUCAGCUGUAUUGUUCUUCAUCAGUACAAACCUCGGUGUCAGCCCCAGAUGAGGAGGACCUUUUUAAUGCUAAUGAUGAAGAUGGUAGACGAGAGCAGCAGUGUCCGACCCCUGCUGCCAUCCCUCCCUCCCGUCUCUCCGACCUCUCCCCUUUUCAGAGACAUGAGGCACCUUGCUGGGCAGACCAGUCGGAGAGGAAAAGACACGGAUGGAAAACAGCGGCAGACACUUUAUCUUCCAGCAAAGCGUUUUUAGCCUUGGGUUUUGUAAGUACUGUGACACAAAUGGGAAACACAGACUGUCACAGGAGUUCUCACAAAUACAGCACGAACGAAGGAAUUUGAAGAGGGGGAAGAUUUUUAGCAAAUAAUUUUUAAAAAAAACUCAAUCCAGUAGUUAAAACCGUCCCUUUGCCCUUGUUUUCUCCUGUAGGAAAAUAUAAUUAAUAAAAAAUGGACAAGACAAAAAAAAUAUUAAAACAACAAUGACCAAAAAAUAAAGUUUUCAACUCAACUACAAA